AUGAAUCCCCUUUUCCUGCUCCUGCUGUUGGCGCCCCUGGCGGUGGUGGCCCUGGUGGGCCGCAGCCCCAGGCGGCUGCGGGUCCACCUUCGCGCCUGGCCUUCCAUCGCCGUGCUCUACAUCAGAGCGGCAUCGGGCAUGCUCCUCAAGCCCGGGAGGCUGCCUGCCACGGUCACUCGAGUGGCCCCAAUCGAGGUGUCAGUUGGGGUGGCAUCAGAAGUGGAUGGUCAACGGCUGGCCAAUUUCCAGAGGCUUGUGCAAGGCCCCAACCACCCCCAGCAUGUGCCGAUAAUGUACUUUAUCGUUGAGGCCUUCCGACUAGCCAUGGCGGUGUUGUUUCAUCCAGCCUUCCCAGUGAGUGUUGCUGGGGCAGUUUUGGCAAGGUAUACGCUGGUGCUUACCAGAAACGUGCAAGUUCAUGAGAAGCUGCUUCAUAGUUGCUCGGUGGACACCACUGUGCGACACACCGACAAAGGCGACAUCGAAUUCGACCUCAUCAGCACAGCAACCACAGCUGCUGCAGGUGAUGUUGUCUGGAGAAGCACCCUAACCAUCCUCCUGAUCAAUCCUAAAAGGGUGAAAGCUGCAAAGCCAGCAGCAGGCGCCUCCAAGGGGGUGGGCGUCAAGAUCUCUGGAGAGCUCAUUGACACCUGGCACCUUGGGGGAGAUGCUGGCAGGAGAUAUGCAAGCCUCAAUGGUGACUACAACCCUAUUCACCUCUUCCCCAUAACGGCGAAGCUGUUUGGGUUUCGAAGGCCGAUUGCACAUGCAUUGUUUCUGCUGGCCAGGGCAGUUAGUGCAAUUGAGACCAAACAUGGUCUGGAUAUGAAGGGUGGAUGGGAAAUGGAAUCAGAAUUCAAGCGUCCAACGCUGCUGCCGGCCACUUUGGGCUGCUAUGUCGGGCCCAAAAAGGAAGGGGCUGAGGGUGCGAUCGACUUCAGCAUCGGUACCGAAGAUGGGUUAAAAGAAGUUCUCACAGGCACUCUGAAGAGAUUGGGUUAG